CAAUGCCGGUAUAUAAAUCAUUCAAACCCCUCACAAACCUUGGCUUGUGAGGCUUGUCAAGUGAUGUUUUCUUUUCUUUUCACAACCCAUAUUACCACUGGAAGCCACUAGAAACGGCGUUUAGCUAGCUAGCAUACUGUCAGUUGUAAUGAAAAGGGUUUGGCUGUGAUUAUACUUUAAACUAACAUUCAUAUAUUUUGACUGGAUUGGCUGCAUUUCAAUGGAGACGCUGUCAAAAACACACGGUGCUGAUGCGACGAGGGAGAAGGAGCUCUGCCCACCACCAGCACCAAGUGGAGUCAUAUCUGACAGCAUGUCACUGCCAUCUUAUAGAGAGUACCCUGCUCACCGUCCCUUCAUCAACACACCCCAGACACACACACAUCACCUGGGUCGCUCAUCAUCACCCAGCAAGGCGUUCCCAGAGACAAACAGUGCAGAGAUCUUAUCUGCCUUGAGGAACCUCCAGGAGAAGAUCAGGAGGCUGGAGCUGGAGAAAAGACAUACAGGGCUCAGUCUGCACGCUGUGGGAAAAGAUGCAUCACACACACAUCUGCAGAGUGAUAAAGUUACACAGAGACUCUUGAAGGAUCAUACAGAAAGAGAGAUUAAUGGGCAAUCCAACUGCAAUCAAGUGUUGGUCACCCACCUUGCUGCUGCAGAGUCUCGCUGUGUGAAGCUGGAGCGACAGCUGGAUCACAUGAGGAGGAUGCUGCGCAAUGCCAAGGCAGACAGGAGCAGCCUGCUCAAACAGCAGGCUUCCAUGGAGACAGCCCAGUCAGCUGAUCAACAGUCUGACACAGCGUCUGAGCAUGCCCAGUUGGAGAAGCUGGACCGUCUGGAGCAGGAGUAUCUCAGGCUGACGCGAACGCAAAACAACGCUGAGAUGAAGAUUCAGGAGCUGGAGAUGAAACUCCAGGAGGAGGAGCACCAGAGAAAGCUGGUUCAGGAUAAGGCCAAUCAGCUACAGACAGGUUUGGAGACCAAUCGGAUACUUCUGCAGUCAGUGUCCCCUCGCCUGUCCAGCAGACAGUCUAAAGAGAAAAUGUCCAAUUCAAAGAAAUCUUCUCCACAGCCGUCGUCCUACACAGAGCCACACUACAGGCUGAGCCUCAGAGAUGUACCUUUUGUUGCUGGAACGUCAGUUGGCUGCAGCCACUCGGUCCGAGCAAACGUCCAGUCAGUUUUAUCUCUCCUGAAGCGACACCAACCGCACCUCUGCAACAGCCGGGUCCUCUCUCGCAACGCAAACAGCUACGAGACCGGUAGCCACAGGCAUUCAGACAGCUCCUCUUCUUCCUCCUCCACUAGUGGCGAAGAACUAUCAGAGCUGCUGCGAGCACUACAGGAGGAGCUGCAACUCAUGAGCUUGGAGCAGGACGAGUUGAUGCGGCAGGUGGAGGCCAGUGUUUCUGUCCAAGAAAGGAAAGAACUUGAGAGGGAGCAGGAGAGGCUGCUGGUGAAAAUGGAGAGGAAAGGAGAGCAGAUCACUAAGCUCUACAAACACAAAACACAGAUAAAGAAGUUAAGGAAGGAAGCUCAUUCUAGGCGCAGCAGUGGGAAUGAGGUGAGGGUGACGACCACGGUGUCCACUAGAGGGCGCUCUGCUGCUGCAGUCAAAGUGAGACCAGGAGAGAGAAGCAAGAGGAACCUGAGGCUGCUCAGGGACAUGAGGGCACUGCAGACCUCUUUACGGACCUGAAACUCGCCUGGAUAAUUUUUUUAUUUUUUUUUGAUUGAUUGAUUUAAGUUUAUUUCGAAUAUGAAAACAAAUAAUAAUAAAAAAAAGAGUCAGACAAAACAUUUGACAUGACAUGUAGAAUACAUAUUCGAAAAGGAGUGAGAAGAAGUAAAACUUAUAAACUCCCAACCCUCUCCUUAAAUAUGACUAGUUAAAAUCCUUGUCUAAACAUGUCUUGUAUUACAAAAACAUAAAUAUAAUUUACCUAUACAGUGUAAUUAUACAUACAUAC